AUGGCUCCCAAAGAGGGAGAGGAGGGUCACUCGGCCAGCAAGACCGAAACAGCUGAGGCAGAGGUUGCUGGGAAAGAAGCUGGCGACCCAGAAGCCGGCAAGGCCCAGGCGGGGGGAUUCCACAUUGACUUCCCUGACGGCGGACUUCGCUCAUGGCUUGUUGUCCUUGGAGCUAUGAUUGUGAUGGGAUGCUCCUUUGGGUACUUAUCAGCAUUCGGUGUCUACGAGUCAUACUACUUGGAGAAUCAGUUGUCGCACAAGACAUCAUCCGAAAUAGCAUGGAUUGGCUCGCUGCAGGUCUUCUUUCAGUUCGCGUCCGGUCUACUGUCUGGCAGUCUGUUCGACAAGUUUGGUUCAAGAGCUGUCAUGGUUCCGGCUGCCAUUGUCUACGUCUUUGCAGUCAUGAUGACCUCGAUCUGCAAAGAAUAUUAUCAAUUCAUUCUCGCCCAGGGCCUGCUCGGCGGCGUUGGAGUCGGUUUUCUCUUCACCCCCGCCACCGCCUCAAUCAGCCACUACUUCCGUGAGAGGCGCGGCAUGGCCAUGGGCAUCGCGACCGGCGGGUCCAGUAUCGGCGGCGUACUGUUCCCCAUCGCACUGCGUAACGCCUUCUACGGCCACCUAGGGUUCGGAUGGGGCGUGCGGGUAAUGGGCUUCGUCAUGCUGGCGCUGCUCGCGAUCGCAUGCGCGUUGAUUAGGGAGCGCUUUCCACAUCGCCAGGGCCAGAUGUUCCAGCCACGCGCAUUCCUGCAGCCAAGUUACACCUGCAUGGUCGGCGGCGUGUUCUUGACCAUGUGGGGCUUCUUCGUUCCAUACUUCUACCUCAGCGAGUAUGCGCUUGAUGAGGUUCAUAUGUCGGUCUCGCUCGCCUUCUACCUGCUGUCGAUCAUGAACGGCGUAUCCUUCCUGGGCCGGAUGAUUCCCGGCAUCAUCGCGGAUAAGCUGGGCCGCUUGAACAUGUUAAUCGUCGUCGAUAUCAUCACCGGGGCCAUUUCCUUCUGCUUGCCGCAGACUCACUCCCACGCCAGCCUCAUUGUUUGGACCGCCUUCUUCGGGUUCUUUUCCGGCUCCAUUAUUUCCUUGUCCCCGGCGGCCUUUGCAGAGAUCAAUCCCAGGCCGCAGCUGAUUGGCACAUACAUGGGCCAGGCCAUGGCUGUAAUCUCCAUCGCAGGGUUGACAGGCUCGCCCAUUGCGGGUGCCAUACUGGAUAAUCAUGGCUGGGAAUCACUGAGCAUAUUUAUGGGCGUCGUGAUGAUUGCUGGCGGGGCAUGUGCAGCCAUUGGGCGGUUUGCGUACGAACCCAAGCUGUUUGCAAAGAUCUGA